UCAUCAUUAAUAAAUUUCCACACGCACUCUCUCUAUCUCUUGGUGUAUAUAUACGAAGUACAAAUCUCAUUUCGCUCUGUAUCGUUAGCCGGCGCCUCAAAAGCCCUAAAUCUCUUCUCUCUCUCAUCGCUACGAAAUCAAGCGGAUUUCGAGAUUGAUUGUUGCAAGUGUUGUUGAUUCGUCUUUUGAUCGGAGAAGAAGAAGAAGAAGAAGAAGAAGAAGAAGAAGAAAAAGAAGAACUAAAAGAAACUUUGUGCCAUUCUGUUCGGAAAACGGAGAGGGGAAUAGCGGAAUAGGUGCUUAUAUCAUAUCAAUUUUUGACGACGACACUGAUUUCUGCUUUCAUGCCCAAUUUGCUAGAAAGUUUCGAUUUUAGUGAACUUGCUGCUUCUUGUUUCAGAUCCAGAGUUUUGACUUCAACGAUCCCCUUAUGUUUUGUGCAUAGUUAUGGAUGAACAAUUCAAGAAACAGUACUGGAUCAUUCUUGUGGGCCUUUAUCAGCAACGAUAGCUAAUUGAUAUAUUUCCAGAUUAAAAUAUAAGCAAAUGGAUCGACGUGAUACUUCUGGUUUUGUCAGUGGGGGGUGCAAGUGUAAUUCACUCAACAAAGUUGACAGCUAACCCUAGUAUUGUAGUUGAGAUAUACAUAUAGCUGAUAGCCCUAGAUCCAUAGCUUAGAAUUACUAUACUCUAGUUUUUUAGCCCAAAAGUUAGUUCACCCGUUCUUUUACUAAUAAGGUUUGACCAAAGUCAAAUCAGAGAAACUUGCAUACAGCUUCAAUGGAUCCCAGGUUCCGUAAUACAGCAAACUACUUGUCUGGACCUGGUUAUGUUACAGACACCACAUUACGAUUGGAUUCCCCUGGUUUCGGAAAUCCUUCGUUCCAGUCUUCGAAAGGAGUCAAACGGAAAUGGAAUUCGGUCAACGGGUCAAUGGAUUUGCAAACCGGGUUGCCAUUAUCCCUUUGGCUUGGCCAUUCUCCAAGCUCAUCCGACAGCAAGGCGAGCUCCGCCACUGGAUGCACCACCAUGUCUUCUCAGAAAGAAACCGAUGAAGAGUCAUCAAUGGAUCUUGAACUGGAUUUCAGUCUCCAUCUUGGUGGUGAAAAGCCACCUGUCACUAAAAAAGCUUCCACCUUCACUAAACCAUCAAUGGAGGUUGACCUGGAAUUGAGCCUCUUCUCUGCACCAGCUGAGUCUGAUGUCACAACUGUUCACAUUUUUAACCAUAACGCCACAUCAGAAAUUACAACCAUGCCAUCAAGUUCAGUCACAUGUUCAUCCGGUAACACAGAGCCACAUCAGCAUCGAACCGGGACCACAAAAACAUGCCAAUUCGAAGGAUGCGAGAAGGGCGCACGAGGUGCUUCCGGCCUAUGCAUCGCCCAUGGCGGCGGCCGGAGAUGUCAAAAACCCGGCUGCCACAAAGGAGCCGAGGGCCGCACCGCCUACUGCAAAGCCCAUGGCGGUGGCCGGAGAUGCGAGUUUUUAGGCUGCACCAAAAGCUCAGAAGGCCGCACCGAUUACUGCAUCGCCCACGGUGGUGGCCGGAGGUGCAGCACCGACGGCUGCACACGUGCCGCCAGAGGUAAAUCUGGGUUAUGCAUCCGACAUGGCGGAGGGAAGCGGUGCCAGAUGGACAACUGCACGAAAUCCGCCGAAGGCCUGUCUGGGCUCUGCAUCUCGCACGGCGGUGGGCGGAGAUGUCAGUUUCCGGCGUGCACGAAGGGCGCUCAGGGAAGCACCAUGUUCUGUAAAGCCCAUGGAGGCGGCAAAAGGUGUACUUUCGAAGGGUGCACGAAGGGUGCGGAGGGGAGUACGCCUUUUUGUAAAGGACACGGCGGUGGAAAGCGGUGCGCGUUUGACGGUGGUGGUGUUUGUCCGAAGAGUGUUCACGGCGGAACCCUAUUUUGCGUUGCGCAUGGCGGCGGGAAGCGGUGUGCGGUUCCAGGGUGUACGAGAAGUGCGAGGGGGCGGACGGAUUGUUGUGUCCGGCAUGGUGGCGGUAAGAGGUGUCAGUUUGGUGGGUGUGGGAAGAGUGCACAAGGGAGUACGGAUUUUUGCAAGGCGCAUGGUGGUGGGAAGAGGUGUGUGUGGGGUCAACCAGGGUCAGAAUAUGGAAAUAAUAAUGAAGAUGAUGUUUGUAAUUCGUUUGCGAGAGGGAAGACCGGGUUGUGUACGGCUCAUGGGGCUCUGGUUCAGGAUAAGCGGGUCCAUGGUGGUGCCACCUUGGGGACCCUGGUUCAUGAAAUGGUACCUAACCAAAACAUGAAGCAAGUGUUGUUUCCCACACCGGUUGCAGCUGAUGUGAUGUCACAUGGGUUCAAACCGUUUGGGGUCCAGCCUGGGGUUGUGGUGGGUGGACAGAGUGUGGAAGGGAGGGUUCAUGGUGGAAGAUUGAUUGCUUUGUUGGCAGCGGGCACUUCGGGCAGCUCGGGUAAUGCAAUGGCUCAGAAGUGGGUGUAAGCAAAAAAAAAAAUGGUCAGGUGGUGUGUGUGUUUUAUGAAUAAAAGUGGAAAUUAGCCCCAAGUAGUUAGUUUUCUUUUUAAGUGUGGGUGGGUCGUUUUUGUAUUUUCCUUGUAGAUAUAUGAUAUGUGUCGAUUGGACCAUGUUCUUUGUGAAUAUGUUAUAUUGGUAAUUACUGGUGAAUCAAGUAUUGAAAUCACAUAUCCUAAUAAACCUUUUGUAAUUGUUUCUCA